UACCAGAAUCAUCAUAAAUUGUGUACACGUUUUGUCUCUUUGGUUUAAAAUAACAUAAACCACUUGACAAAAUCACUUAUCUUUGAUUGGUCCCAAACAUAAAUAUGUCAUCUAUAUACAAACACAACGACUCUAUUACCAGAAUCAUCAAACAUUGUAUAUACAAUUUUGUCUCCUUGGUUUAAAAUAACAUAAACCACUAGACAAAAUCACACCACCAAACCACUAGACAAAUCCAAGUUUAUCUAGAACUUCGUAAAUGUCGAAUAGAGAAUUAGACUAAUUAACCAUUGAGUAUGUGACCUACCCAAAGACAAUUUUCAUUCUUCUAUUUCUCCAUUUUACGAAUCAUUCUCCUUCUUCCUCAUCUUCAAAUCAUCGUUCUUCCAAGUUACCUUCCGGAUAUGGAAUACACCAUGAGACAAGUACGAAGAAAACCCAUCUUCUACUGCCAUCGAUGAAAAACCCAUCAUCGAACAUUCUCAUAAUUCCAUAGAUCGGAACCGGUUUCUUGUAAAAAGCGGUUCGAGCCAUCGUACCGGAAAACUAUUCUUUUCGUUGUUGGGACUUUUAGGGACGAGGGUAUACGUAAGAUAGCCCGAGACCGAGUGACCAGGAUUGUGAUAGAGUUGUGAACAACGUUCACUUUCCGAAAAGAAUAUUUCCACCCUCAACAAGCCUAGGGUUACAGGAAAUUUCUCCCGAGGAUAAAACUAUCACCACUUUAGGUUCCAGGCUCAAGAACACUAAAGCAUACUUAAAAAUUUUUGGAAGAAAGAAGAAGAAUCUGUUUGAUCGUAUGUGGCAUCAUCCACCCCACACAUAUUUAUAGGGGCCGAAUCCAUGCAUUGUUUCAUGAAAGGUUGCAUUUAUCCAUACGAAAGGUUGCCUUUAUCCAUAUGAAAGGUUAUCCUUAUCCAUAUGAAGGGUUGUCUCUAUCCAUAAGGUUAUCCUUAUCCAUAAAAUAAUGCAACCGCCACUAGGCCAAAGGGAUGUGCCCCUUCACGGAAUUAGAAUAUUGGUUCGGUCGGUCUAAUCCCAAACCGGUUGAUCGGUCCAACCCAAAACCGGUUUGGCUUGGUUAAUCCGGUUCAACCAAAUUUCCAACAAGGUUGUUGUUUGAGGUGGAAGAGGUGAUGGACAGGUCCGAGGUAGGAACCAAGGAGGAAGGAAAAGGAAGGGAACAAGGUCUCGAGGUCGCUGCCUUUGUUUUCUAUGGAGGUUGUUCUCUAGGAGGUAAUAGUUUGUUAGCAUGGUUUUGAAAUUUUGAUGAAUAGUUAGGGGUAAUGUGAUAUUUUCCUGCUAUUGGGGGCAGUAUGGGCAUUUUAGUAAAAUUUAGGCGUUGAUAAGUAAUUUACCAUGCCAGGGGUGAGCUUGUAAAUAGCUGUUGUUUGGCUCUCGGUUUGAAAUAAGUCAUUUGAACUGAAAUGUCAAAAUCAGAAAGUGUAAAUAGGUUGUUGGUUAGAUUUGUAUAAUUCUGAAAAUUUCAAGUUGAAAUGUUAAAUCUCAUAAUUUACGGGUACCAUACUGUAAUUCGCAAUUCGGGGGCAAAAAGGUCAAUUUUCAGAAUUUCAUGGGGAAUUCAAGGAAAGGUUAAAUGAAGGGAUCUGGAAUUGGAAUUAUUCAAAUUAGAGGUUGUUUGACUAAUAACGAUUAUUGAAGGAGUAUUAAGUUUCGUUUAAAUACUUAAUAGAUGGAAGAAUAAAAGGAGGGGAAGCAGAAGGAGUUUGAAUGUGCGAAUUAGGACACUGAUGUGGGUCAACCGAAGGUGAACAGAGGUUGUGUCUGUCGAUCAAGGUUGGUUAAUAAGAUGAGUGUAAAGAUGGUUAAUUCUACGUCUUACGGUGUUUAUGUUUUUCAGACUGACUACAAUGUGUCAUAUCUGCCUAAGCCUGUCUAUAUGAUUCCAUAUGAUGCAUGUGAUUACGUGUGAGUUAUGCUCCCAGUUAUAUGUUAUAUUGCGUGUGACUUGUUCUAACUAGAACAUCCCGAUCGACGGCCAAGUAUAACCGCCGACAGGGUGUAGCAUAGGGCAAGCAAGCAAUAAGAAUUUAUCAUACCACGGGGAUCUACGCUUACCCUACUUCAGGUUUAGGGUUCGUUAUCUAGCCAACCUAGGAUAGCGAUUGAUAAAAUUAAACUAACUAUAACCUAGACUGACCACUAACCUAGCUAUUUUACAAGGUUGAAUCGUCAUAGGUCAGCUCUUUGGAUUGAUGUUGGGUAUCUGACACGCUAAAACACAACACCAAACUACGACCAAGUGUAAUCGCAGUUCGGAAAUGCAGUAACAGGCAAGCUCUAAUUGUCAACCCGGGGUCUAGAUCUACUGCUUACUCCGUGUAUAUCUGUUAUCUAGCAAACUAAGUUGAGUGAUUGUUGAUUUAAAUAAAAGCAGUAAGAAAGCAAGAAAUGGAUCGGUUUUCUAAAGCAAAGAAAGAGUCACUCGGGAAUGAGUCCCCCUAGCUCCUUAGUUAGGUCACAGUUGUAAUUAAUUUUGGUUGCUUUAUUGCUGAUUAUACUGCGGAAGAUCCGACAGUAGCUUGGAAUCUCUUAAGCUGACCAAGCCCUCUCAGUCAAACUACCCGACAGACGACUAGUCUUCACUGGAAUAGAACGCUGAAGCAAUGAGCACAGAACUCCACUACUGGAAUCAGAUUCCAGUACAAAGUAGUGAAUCGACUAACUCUCUUAUAAUCGAUUCACAACUGGUUGAAGGGACUGGUUGGUAUAUGGCGUUGACAGAAGCUGCUAAAGAGGGAAUAUGGUUGAAGGGACUGGUUGGUGAUCUUGGUCUACAUUAUGAUCAGGCAGUGGUGUAUUGCGACAGUUUGAGUGCAAUAUGUUUGGCCAAGGAUCAAGUCCACCAUGAGAGGACUAAGCACAUCGACGUGAGGUAUCAUUUCUUGAGGACAGAGAAGAGGAUUAAGGUGAAGAAGGUUGGCACCGCGGAUAAUCCUGCUGAUAUGUUCACGAAGCCGGUUCCACAUGGCAAGUUCCAACACUGCUUGGACUUACUGAAUGUCUUGAGUGGGUGACUCCGCCCUGCGGGGCAUUGAUGGCGGGAGAGAGAUAGAAGGAGCAGAGUACAUCAGAGAUUUCAGAGGAAGAGGAUUCAAGUCAAGGUGGAGAUUUGUUGAUGUGACUUGAAUCGGACUAUCAGCCCACGGUGUAUGGGCUCAAUGUUAUUUGGGUUCGGGUUCUGGGCCUGGUCUGUAACCGUUUCCUUUGCCAUAUUGGAUUAGGUUUAGACCCACAUGGAGAAGUACUAUAAAUACUUCUCAUACUCCUCUGUAAUCUGUAAUCUCCUUGAUAUAGUGAAACUGGCUCUCUCUCGCCCGUGGACGUAGCUAACACACAUCGUGUUAGUGAACCACGUAAAUCGUGUGUCUGUGUUUUUCGAUUCUCGCUUUCGUAUUCUUGUUUUGUCUAUUCCUGCGAUUUCCCGAUCCAUAGCAGCGCGUUUAUAACAUUUGGAGUUUAAGGAUAAUCAAAUAUCAUGUGUUUCUUGUAGUAGUAUUACUCUUGUGAUUGUUUUUUUGAAGAUUUGUGCAAUUUGUAUUUCAUUUCAUGAGCAUGGGAAGAUUUGAGAAUAUGUAAAUUGACAUGUGUUAGGUAAACUAUUGCCAUGCAUAUGUAAAGAUUUGUGUUCUUUAAAAAAAUAUGAAGUUUGAUACUAUUUCUGAGAGCGCUCAUAACCCGAAAUGACCUGUAACCCUACCCGAAACCGAAUGGAUUGUGUCAAUAUUUAAUCCGAAAUAAGCCAAACCAACAUGACCCGACCCGUGACCUGAAACUCCAACUCGAAAUUACCCAACCCGACCCGAUUGCCAAGUCUAACAUGGAAAGAUUAAUAAUCUCAAAAAGGGUCAAAUAUUAAAUGGUCAUUUAGAGCAUGAGUAAUCGGACUAAUCUUCGAUAAAGGAUUCGGUCAUGUUUAAUUUAUGUACUAAAAAGUUUAAGAAAUUAAUGAGAGCAAAAUUAUUAAUUGAGAAAUGAUUAGGCUUGUUGCCUAACUGGCUUAAGGAUAUUAAGUUGAAAUGUAUUGACGUUGUGGUUAAUGGUUCGAAGCAUUCUCGACCUGGUAUUUUUGGUUCGUUUGGUCAAUCGCUCCCCAACUGUAUAAUCUCCUUUUAGAGCUGAUGGAAUUCCCAAUUUGAGUUCUAAUCCAAAGUCCAAACCUUAGCGGCGCCCAAAAUCCAGAAACCCUCUCUUCCUCUGUUUUCUCAUUUGCCUUCUUCUCCCUCUCGUUCUGCUCUCUCUAUAGUCCAUUCUGAUAAUGACGAGAAGAGGGGAGAAAGAAAGACGACAGCGAAGAAGAUAAACGGCAACGUUUGAUGACGGCCAACGAAGGUAAGUGGUGAUUCUUCGCUUGCAUGUCCAGGGUAGGAGUUUGAUUUGGUUGUUUAAGGUUGUUUGGAGAUUCGAUCUUUUUGAGUUUAGGAUUCUGACUGUGUUUGGUUACUUAUGGGGUUUUGGUUCUCGCGAGAGGAAGAAGAAAAGGGUCGCCGACUUGGAUUUCGAAGGCGAAGAGCUUGGCGGUGGUUAGGGAUGGCAACAAAAUUCGAACCCACAGGUACCCACUCGACCCAACCCGGUCAACGCGGGUAAAAUCCUUGUUGACGAGUUUUGGGUCGGGUUUGGGUUUAAACCCUUUCACUAUUUAUCGGGUUGGGUUGGGUUUAGGUAAACCCGACCCAUGAGUACCCGCCCACACCCGUAUAGUUAAUUUUCUCGGUAUAUUUAAUAUUCUAAACAACUAAUCUUAUUUAUGUUUGUGGAGACAUGUCUAAUUUUUUUCUUUCAAAUUGUGUAGAAUGAAGUUGAUAUUAUCAA